UUUAAUAUUAGUUACCUAAGUGCAGAGACAGGCUUGACUUGGUCCUCUCCAUGUAUGGCUGUGUUUAGUUCUCCAUGUCCCCCUGUUGCUUCACUGCAGGUUUGACGAAGUUUAUUUUAAUCUUCUCUGUUCUAACCAUCAGUGUUUUGGUGUAUACUUGGAGAAAGUUCCUCCAGAGUUCCUCCUCUGUGUGUAUUAUGCUGUUGUUAAAUAUGAACAAAGUCUUUUCCAGCAAAACAACAGAAUAAAUGAUCCAUUCUUUGUUUAUUUUCCGCAUCGACAGAAAAAACAACAACAACCCUUCUGUUUGUUUUGUCCGAAUGCAUGUAUAAUAUUUUUUCUGUUCGGAUGGACCAAAACAAGAGAGCUGCGUGGAACUUAAAUUAAUAAAAUGUCGGGCAGCGUGUCAGGACAUUGGCAUGAGAUCUAUGGAUUUGUGGAGCAGCUCACCAACAGGUUUGUCAGUCCCAGGAUGAGGGUCUCCUACGUAGUCUUUUCAGCCAAAGCAGUUGUAAUACUGCCACUAACUGGAGACAGGUUGAAGAUAGAAGAGGGUUUGGAGAAGCUGAGCCAAAUCAAACCUGCUGGUGAAACGUACAUGCACGAAGGCAUGAAAGCGGUGUCAGAGCAGAUGAAGACACAAACUUCACCAUCAUCCAGCAUCAUCAUUGUUCUGACUGAUGGCAAGCUGGAGGUCUACCCCUAUGAACUGAGCGUACAAGAGGCUGACAAAGCCAGGGGGUUUGGAGCCAGAGUUUACUGUGUCGGGGUCAUGGACUUUGACCACAAACAGCUUGCUGAAAUAGCAGACGGCACAGAACAAGUCUUCCCAGUGCUUUCUGGGUUUCAUGCCCUCAAAGACAUCGUCAGCUCGAUCCUGAAGCAGUCAUGUUCAGACGUUUUCAUAAUAGAGCCGUCAAGUGUUUGUGUGAAUGAGUCUUUCAAUGUGGUGCUGAAGGGUAGUGGCUUCAGUGGAACCAGGAGGACAGACAACAUACUCUGCACCCUCACUGUUAGUCAAAAAACCUAUGACCAGAGGCCUACAGUAGUUAGAGAUGGCCAUCUGUUGUGUCCAGCUCCUGUUCUGAACGAGGUCGGACAAUCACUCGAGGUGCUGGUUAGCCUGAACAACGGACAGUCCUACAUCUCCAGUCCCAUCACCAUCUAUGCCACAACAUGUUCAGAUGGGACCUGGGUGCUCUGGUUGCUGUUGGCUCUGUUGCUGUUACUGGCUCUGGUUUUACUUUGGUGGUUCUGGCCUCUCUGCUGUACUGUGGUUAUCAGAGACCCACCCCCCUCUCGCCCACCUCCUCCACCUCCAGUGAUUGACCCAGAGGAGGAUCCUUUACCCAAACACAGGUGGCCCACUGUGGAUGCUUCAUACUAUGGAGGAAGAGGACCUGGAGGAAUCAAACGCAUGGAAGUGCGUUGGGGGCAGAAGGGGUGCACAGAGGAAGGUUCACGGCUAGAGAAAACCAAAGAUGCUGUGGUCACUAUGCCUGAGGAAGUGGAGGAGCCCAUCAUGCCCCAACCCCCACCACGACCUCCUCCGGUCUACAACCCACCAUCACAAUCCAAAUGGUACACACCCAUCAAGGGGCGUUUUGAUGCGUUGCUGGCAUUACUGAGGAGACAGUACGACAGGGUGGCAAUCAUGAGACCGACACCUCAGGACAAGGGCCGCUGCAUUAACUUCACCAGAGUCCAGAGUCACUGAUAUUCAGACGUGAGGAACAACACCUUUCACAACACCGUUCCAGUUUUUUGCCAAAGAUGACUGACAUGUACACUCAAGAUAAACACUAGGAUUCACUGUGUAUUGUAAAUAAAUGACUUUACUUAUA